CGUUCGUUCGCGUCAGUUCGUAAACGCAACUCAAAACGUAAAGAAGCAAUGGAUUACUGAGCUAUUUUUAGCGCUCUCUCGACUUAAUUUUCAUUUGCAUUUAAAGUUAGAAUAAAGUACAAAAAAAAGUAUUCAACGGACUCAAUUGUGAUAGUUGGCUUUGUAAUUUUUGACAACAACAGAACGUGAACGAUAAGAAAGAACGUGUGCUUGUUUAAGUGUGACAUCGUUGUGUUUUUCCGUUCAUAUUGUUCACGGAAAAUCGAUAGAGACUGUGAAAGCGCAUUAUAAUACGAUUUCCACAUCGUCGAAUCUCAAUCGCAGAGGAAAUUUCCAGGGGAAACUUGAGUUUUUCAAGAAAAAGAGAAAAGCUGUCGAGUUUCGAGCUCAGAGGGAAGCGGACGGAGAAGCAUUUAAGGAUCAACAACAAACUAUCAGAGAUAACCACAAUCAGAAGGCGGCACCAUGGCAAAUGUGGUAACCAACUUGCGGUACAUUUACGGACCCGCCGCUCACGAGCUAACAGCAGCAGCAGCGGUACUCGAUCAGGUGGACAACAACACGAACGCGUCGCAGCUCUACAAAUACAACAUCUACAACAGUGACAAUAUGAACGAGCUCAAUCGCGAGGAGGCGCGCCUAAAGACCUUCAUCAACUGGCCGCUCGAAUGGCUGGACAAGCGCCAAUUGGCCCAAACGGGCAUGUACUACACCAACGUCGACGACAAGGUCAAGUGCUACUUUUGCGGCGUGGAGAUCGGUCGCUGGGAGCAGGAGGAUCAGCCGGUGCCCGAGCACCAGAGAUGGUCACCCAAUUGCCCGCUGUUGCGGCGACGCACCACCAACAAUGUCCCCGUGAAUGUGGAGGCAUUGGAUCGCAUCCUGCCCCCGAUCAGUUACGAUAUCUGCGGUGCCAACGAUGCGACGACGACGGGUGUGGAGCUGCGGGAGCACGCCUACGCCGAGGGACGCAUCCCCAUGUCCCAGCUGAUCCAAUCGAUCGGUGUGAAUACAGCGAAUGCAGCGGCCACGGUGGCCGGCAUCGCCAACCCGCCGCCGAUGAGCUCGAUUGCUACCCAGGCGUCGACAGUGGCCACCCAGGCCAAUGGCGAUGUCCAGCCGGAGUCGUGUCGCACCCAAGUCGGCAGCGGCAAUUAUUUUCCCGAGUAUCCGGAGUAUGCCGUCGAAUCGGCACGACUGCGCACCUUCGAGGCGUGGCCAAGGAAUCUGAAACAGAAGCCCCACCAGCUCGCCGAGGCGGGUUUUUUCUACACGGGCGUCGGGGAUCGCGUCCGCUGCUUCAGUUGCGGCGGUGGUCUCAAGGAUUGGGACGACAACGACGAGCCCUGGGAGCAGCACGCCCUGUGGCUCAGCCAGUGUCGUUUUGUCAAGCUGAUGAAGGGCCAGCUCUACAUCGAUACGGUGGCUGCGAAACCAGAGCUGGCAGCCGCCGACGAGAAGGAGGAGGAAAGUUCCGAGCUGGCCAGCAGCAAUCACCACCAGCAGCAGGAGGAGACUUCGUCUGCCGGUCAGGAGGAGGCAUCAUCCGCUUCGGGGGAUGUCGCCCCCUCUUCAGUGGCACCCACGGCAGCCUGUCGCAUCUACGAGAAGAUCCAGGAGGCAACCGCUGCGGCGGUGGCUCCUUCGGCGAGCAACAGUGGCUCCUCGACGUCAUCGUUGGCCUCUUCGAUACCCGAGGAGAAGCUGUGCAAGAUCUGCUACGGCGCCGAGUACAACACGGCAUUCCUGCCCUGCGGCCAUGUGGUGGCCUGCGCCAAGUGCGCCUCCUCCGUGACCAAGUGCCCGUUGUGCCGGAAACCCUUCACCGACGUGAUGCGGGUGUAUUUUUCUUAAGAUCCGCCUCCAACGCCCGGUCACAGGUCCUCAGAUUGAACGUUAAGCGCAAGAGGAGAAAAAAGCCAGCGUUCAACAGGCGAUCGCAGAGGCCA